AUGACAGACCACGCGAAGGAAUCACAACGAUCCAUGCCGGGGCUUUUGCCUCUAUUCGCUGCCGCCAUUGACGCAGUAGGCACAUGUCCUUCCGCAAGAGAAGAAGUGCUGGCAAACAUCUGCAUCGAUGAAAAGGCUUUCGAAAGAGAGCCUUCCUUUGCGUCUGGCGGCUCAUUCCAGGUCAUGCGAAGCCGACCAAGCACACUGAUAAAAUACGUCGAUUCUCGGUUCAAAAUGACCACCAUCCAUAGACUCGCCAUGCUCUAUCUCAAUGACGUUGUCCUCCGAGUCCCAAAAAAAAAGGUGGAUUGGGACUCGAAGAAAGGCCGGGACCUCUCAGAGUCUAUCUGCACUGAAAUCGCAAUUCUCAGGAACGAGCGUCUCCGGAGGCAUGAGAACAUCACUAACAUGGUUGGUAUCUGCUGGGGGGUAGAUAACGACCGCAUUAUAAUGCCUGUUCUUGUGUUGGAGACAGCCCAAGGAGGUGAUUUAUGCAAAUAUCUUGAAACUUCGACGGCGCUUGAUGCUAGAGAUAGGCUGCGUCUAGCAAUCCAUUGCUUUCAAGGCUUGCUUGCUCUUCACACCGUCGGCGUCAUCCACGCAGACUUGAAGCCAGAAAAUAUCCUGGUUUUUGUCGACCAAAAGGGCAGGCCAUGCGCAAAACUCACCGAUUUUGGCUGCUCGCUUCUGGUUUCCAACAUACAUGAACCAAUCAAGCUCAAAUCAGGAACUGCCUUGUGGCAAAGUCCUACAGUUUUGCAGGCCAUCGGUGCUCAAGGCUUACUUCAAGCUGAUAUCUAUUCUUUGACACUCGUGGCAUCCCUUCUAUUGGUUGGGCGUUUUAUGAGCAAGGUGCUUGAACAGGCACACGGGUCAGGUCAUGGCAAAGAGUCACUACAUAAGCUCAAAACUGACGAUGGUGCCCUCACAAGUUUUAUCAAAACGCAGAAGGAUACUGAUGAGUCUUCUGGCCCACGUGUCUUCACGGACAAAGUAUCAGGUCUUAUAUGCGAGUUCUUCGAUUUAAUUCUCUCCGACAAGGAGGAAGUUCAAAUUGGAGCCGCACUCCCAGUUGAGCUAUUGAGGACUAUGCUUCACCAUGAGAUUGUAUCUGCCAUUAAAGAAGAUCAUCAAGUAUUUGAGACUUUUGAUCCUCUUGAAGAAGAGGUUUAUUUCAGCCACUGUGAUGAUACACCAUUGGUCCAAGUUGAGGACGUAGUAAGCCAGUCCACGGCGGCUACAGGCAGUCAACAAGAGCUUGAUCCCGAACCUGCCAUAUCACGACUCCACUACCCUCAUCCAGAACCAUCUCAACUACACACAAACGAGACGAAGCUUAGACGUCUUCCCGGCCGAGUCACCGCGGCAAUAAUCACUCAGAUACGAGAAAUCGCCGAUUCAGACUCAUACUGUGAAACCUCACGAUCCCUCGCGGCGUAUGCAAUGGCAACAUGGCUCAUUGGGAUUCACCGGUCUGCUGCUACUUCGGCACCCUCACUUCGCGAGGCCGGACAAUAUCUUCUGACUGCUGCCAAACUUGGACAUGAAGAGGCCCGUUCUUCGCUGGAACCGGUACUUGCUUGGAUAGGAAUGCCGAAUCCUAUAGAUCCAAAGGUUGAAGAGGGGUGGCUAUACGAUCUGGCUGUGCAUGAAGAUCGGCGUUCUCUGAAACGAUUGAGUCCAGAGAGAUCCGCUGAGGCAUUACGAGAUGAGACGGCAGCGCUGGGUGCGCAUGUCAAAGAGGAAGCAGAUAUCUCUGGGACUUCGGACCAGGCCUUUUCGGAGAGCAACCAGCUUUCAGACAGCGACAAAUUGAGAGGCCGGCUCCCGCUCAUCUGCAGGUAUUUGGUCAACCAGAGCUGGAAUGUCAGCUUGCGAAAGGUUCUAGAGCUACCGGGUCUCGACCCUGACUUCUGCACUUCUCUUCUGAUGCAGGCUUGCCAGAAGGGUGACUACAGAAUCGCCAAGGUCUUCAUCGAGCACGAUACACCACUAAGAGACGAAACCUCCGGACUAACACCACUACAUCUCCUGGCCCAUUUUGGAGAUGACGAUAUCAUUCCUUUAGCACAGCUCCUCAUAGAUAAAGGUGUCAAUUUAGAAGCCCGCUGCAACCUUGCUACUCCAUGCACCGUUGGUCAACUCGAUUUGAGAGAUAGUCUUACAGAUGGGACGCCUCUCUUGUUUGCUGUAGCGCAGCGGAGCCUCACAGCAGUUUCGGUACUUGUCUCUCUUGGCGCGGAUCCAUUUAACGGAGCAGAGAAAUAUGAGCCGCACACAGGAACUAUGGCUGCCCACAAACGUGGGAGGACAUAUUCACCUGUUCAUUAUGCAGCAAGACUGCACAUGUCGGACGUCCUAGAGGCUCUAUUACCCGAGGGCAAGGAAUAUGAGCAGUUAUUGGACUGGCUGUGUUAUGAAACGCACUCUCUCAAGGUCGCUCCGCUCUGGUGCGCUGUCGACUACUGGUAUCAGGGUCUAUACGAUCGGGUAUUACUGCAUGGGAAAGAUCACAUUAAGAGAUGCGAGGAGACCAAUACCUUUCUACUCAAGCGUGGAGCUCAGGGCCACGUAGUCAAUUGGGAUGUCACCACGCAGGCCAAGUACUCCAUCUUCACAGCAGCAACCUUGUACGGCCAGCCGUUUGUGCUGAACCAUCUGAGGUCCUUGGAAAUCCAACCUACCACAAAGAAUCUCAUCAGAACACUUCAGACUGCCCUGGACGUUGAGGACUUGAAGGCGGUUGAGUACCUUAUUCCACUUGCCGAGAGAGAAACACGGGACUCUGAGUCAUCAUUUCAGCUUCAAGCAUCGAUACAAGGACACAAGCUUCCAGACUUCAUCAGCCAUUUGUAUGAUAUCAAAGAACGCCUCGAGUCGAAUGCCAGAUCAAAGCUCAAGCUUGACCUGAUCAGAGAUCCACCGCUUCAAGAAACAAUUGGUCCCGAUGUCGGCCAGGAUAUCUUGCAGCAGAAGUCUUCACAGGGGGGCUUCAAAAUGUCGUUUACUAUACGGCCCGGGCCUGGUGGGCGCAGCAUCAUGGAACCCGUAGGCGAGCCAAGUAUGAUGCCGCCCAAAGGUACGCCUUUACAGGCUAGAACAGAAGAAAGCAGUAUUUCUGCCUUUGAGAUGGCCGUCAUGGGCGGGUACGAGGCACGUGCUCGCGAACUGUACGAGAGUGAACAUUGUGACGUGUCAUGUCGUCGUGUAGAUGAUGACGGCGAUAAGACUACCCUCCUAGCACGUCUUAUCCGAAAGAGCCGCAAGUACAGUAACUUUGACAAGCAGAUUCUAUUUCUUCUCGAGCUUACACCCCCAAGCGACGAAGAGUUCUUUCGUGCGUGUAUACCGUCCGGGUCAAGUGCCAACGAAGGGUUGUCUAUUCUUCACAUGUCUGUCAUGCUUGAUGAAUGCCCAACAAACUUCAAGCCACGCGCCCCUCGUCAACUUAUCUCUGCCAUCAUUGAGAAGUACCCAGAGCCAGAAUAUCUAAACGCUGUAAAUUCAGAAUUCGGCACGGCUGUACACAUAGCAGUUGAAUGUGGAAACCUGGAUGCACUAAAGGAACUCGAGGACGAAGACAUUGAGUGGAAUCUUCUGAAUGCGUACGGUGAAGCCCCUCUUGACAUAACAGCCCGCCGCCUCCUCAAGGUACAUGAGUUUCUACAGCAAUGCCGUCACCUACAAAGACUCGAACAGCCGGAUGAGUAUGAAGAAGCUAUCAGUACUUAUCGGGCGAAUGAACAGCGUAUGAAGAGCUUUCUACAAACAAUGGGGUGCAAGUACGAGAGAUACAAUGGGCUGAUGCACAGGAAGAGCGAAACGGAGUGGGAUCUAGAGAACUUUGCGGUCUCGGGGAGCAUGCAAGUCAACGUCGCGGAGCACCUGGCGAUACUUGAAAGCCGUUCGAUUGGUAACGAUGAACCAAGUUUAGCGGCUCAUAUGCGCAAAUUAAGAGCUUGGAGUGAGUUGGGGGUGGAUGAGUGUAUGCUUCACCUUGCUGAUGGUACAGCUGUGACUUGA